AUGUCACUCGGUCGACUCACCAUCGACGUCAAUGCCCACGAGUCCGGUACCGCCCGUCAUGGCUCACUGCCAGACCAAAUCACCGAAGGAAUCCACCGUCCGUAUAGUGGUGAGUAUCCCCGCCUGUCACGCGGGAGACCCGGGUUCAAUUCCCGGUCGGAGAGUUUUGCUAUGCUAAAAGGAAGACCAUCCCAGAUCAGGAAGGACAUUAUUGUCGUUUUUGAUCUGGAUUGUUCUGCUAAGUCUCGAUCCGGUAUUUCUUUUCUGGCACUUGUAACUAAGUUGCAGAAUCAAGACCACUGGAGAUCGUCAAGUUUAUGA